AUGGUGUCCCCUAAGGGUAAGGGACCUGUCGUUAUUAAUGGGAGGGUGGCGGUGGGCGAGAAAAUUUUUCCCGGAAUUGGGGGCGGACUCAAAGUGAAAAAUAUGCGACCCCAAUUUUUUAAUACUUUCCUACUCGUUUUUAAUCUCUCGCCUUUAUCAUAUAUUUACCACAAAAUCGCAGUUUCCAUACUUUAUUACGUAUAUACAGUUCACCAUAGGAUUCGAAGUAAAUGACAACUAUUUUGAAUACGGGUCCUCGGGACGGCUCUACAAAAUGUUCAAUAUUUGGUAUUUAUCACCCACCUCCCCCCUCCCAUUAUGAAUGACCGGUCCCUAAAUGACGAUGGUACUAGAAAUGGUGACCCCUCCGCGCACAAACUUGCGCCUAGUGGAAAACCUGCUUAAGCCUGCGAACAUUGCGUAGGUUACUACAAAGCGGAACAUUAAAUAAUGAAAUAAUACUUUUCUUAAUUAUAAGACGCCGUAGUUCACAAUUUUAUGUUCAAUGUUAAAUAACAUGUGCAUUUACACACAAUACCAACGCUCGUUUAGUCUGCUACUUGUUUUUGAUCAUGUGACGUAGGCCUAUUAUAUUUUCUCUUACUAAUGAUCAAUGAAUCAUCUCAACAUCCUUGACCAGAAAAAUAUAAGAUGAAACACACUUCGAAUAUUAGCAUCUUAUAAACUCAAGAUUCGAACUAUUUAUUAAUGUCGCCGCCCCGGCUCGUACGCCUAUAUGAAAGUCAUUGUCAAAGCUAGCUUACCUUGAAUUGUGUUCUCUUGUUUAAAUAGCUCGAAUCUUGAGUUUACGUUCAAGAUGUUAAUUUUCGGAGUGUUUUCAUUUUCUAUGAAUCAUCUCGCUUCUAGACAUUGAUGAGUGUUCUACUGGUCGACAUUCGUGCGGCUCGAAUACAAGAUGCCAGAACAAUCCAGGCAGUUAUAGUUGCCCUUGUAUAAGUGGAUUCAAGUCAACUAGCUCAUUAGCAAAAUCUUGUCAAGGUAAAAGCAAGUUUAUAUUAUCAAUGAUUUUUCUGAGAUCACAGUAAGAAUUUUGCAUGGCAUUGGUGGGUAAACUCUAAGUUUACUAAGAAGGAUUUUCAAGAAAUAUUUGAGGGAACUAACUCAAUACAAUUCAAUAUAAUACAAUGAGAAAUUUUGAAAAGUGUUAGACAAUGAAUCAUGCAGUUCCUUUGAACAUUACUUAUACAAAUCCUUCAAAACUAAGAAUUGACCCAUGCAAAAUUUCUGUAGUGAAUAAUUGUGUUUAAAUUAACCUCCGUGACCAACGUGAAACAGUGUCCAAAUUACUCUUGAACGAGUUAAAACUCCAUGGCAUAUGGUUGAAUGCUGUGGUCGCUACACGACGAGCAAGAGUUAGUCAAAAGCAUUUUUGAGAUAUUAGGGUGUUUAUUUAUUUCAUACUACUGAAUCGAUCCUGUCCAAAAAAAUAAUAGUCAAUCUUAUCAUGGCCUAUCGAAGGGGAGAUGACUGUGUCAUUAGAAUAACAAUAUAACUCAUUAUCUGUGUUAGUCAACGUGUAUUCAUAAAUAUGAUCCUUCACCGUCACGUGUGUAUUGUAUUUCUGCCAAAUCCACCAAUAGCAAUUUCCAGUUUCCCUAUUGUUCGAGUCACAGAUAGGUGACUUUCCUAAAACAUUGCUAUUGGUUAGUUGGGUAAAAAUACAAUACACACGUGACGGUGAAGGACCAGAUUUAUGAAUAAACGUUGACCAACAUAGAUAAUGAGUUACAUUGUUAUUCUAAUAAGUUUCACAGCCAUCUCCCCUUCGAUAGGCUAUGAUCUUAUACGUCUACAGUAAUCGUUGGUAAUAGACAUGCAAAGCCAUCGAAUCGUGCCUUAAUGCAGACAGUAAAUUGUUGCAAGCUCAAACCACCGUUAAACCGGGACCGAAAUGUAUUCAAAGUUAUUUUUUAGUUUUUAUGAGCUAUUACCAAAGACCAAAGUGCUUCAUUUUAUUCGGAUUUUUUUUGACAAAACAAUUUACUAUCGAUUUGCAUUGCUAUAUAAUCGCAUCUCAAAUUGAUUCUCGAGCCAAUCUUAUAACUACUUUAGUCACAUGGAAUAAUAUUUAUCUUCGCGAGCCAACCGCUCAAAUUUCAAAAGGAGCCAUUUUGAAAAUCUAAAUGAAUAAAUCCUUGGUCGCACACUACACAACGACAUAUAACAAUACGUUAACUUGUAAAUACGCGAUAAUUGAUAAAAAAAUUAUGUAUUAUAUGUUUUAAUGCAUACAAUAGACUGCAUGUACAGUAUUUUGCCAUAUACCUCAUCCUUGCAGAUAUCGACGAGUGUAAUCCAAGCAGUGGUAUGGUGCAUGGCUGUCAAAUGAG